AUGCAGCUGUCACUUCUCUUCGCUGCGCUUUCUGCGCAGGCAGUCCUCGCCGCACCUCGGAUCAAGAGAGAGGCCCUCAAGUCAUGUGUGGAGGAGGUCUUUGGAGGGAACGCGGCUCUGCGCAUCGUGACGCCGACUGAUCCUACAUAUCACGAUGCGAGAAUCGGAGAGGCCAUCCAGUUUACACAGAUGCCAGUGUUGAUUGCUUACGCGGAAAAGCCCUAUGAAGUUGCACCCUUGAUCCAAUGCGCAAAGACGAGUGGCAUCAAGGCAGUCCCCAGAACCGGUGGUCACCACUUCCUCGGAUACUCCGCCCUCCAAGACGCCCUCGUCAUCGACAUCACUCACAUCGACUACGUCAACAUCGCAGCAGACAAAAAGACCGCCACCGUCGGCGCCGGCAUCCGCUUCGGCGCCCUCUACACGGCCCUCGGCCAGCAAGGCCUCGACUGGACGGGCGGCAUCUGCCCCACAGUCGGCAUCUCGGGCUUCCUCUCCGCGGGCGGCUUCAACAUGCAGAUGCGCCAAAACGGCCUCGGCGUCGACAACGUCGAGUCCGCAAAGGUAGUCACCUCGGACGGCUGCGUCGUGACGGCCUCCCGCCGACCUCUUCUUCGCCAUCCGCGGCGGCGGCGGCGGAUCCUACGGCAUCGUCAUCGAGUGGACGCUGCGCAUGUACGAGUUCCCCGCUCCGCCAUGGUGUACCUGCAGUGGAACGGCUCCGACACGCGGUUCGAUAUCGCAAAGACGUUCCACGGCGCCCUCAGCUCGCAGGUGAACCUGUACAAGAACCGGACUGAUGUGAUUGGGUGGUGCUACGGCUGCACCCUCGACAAACUGCAGGGCAUGGUGAACGCCUCCGGGCUCCUGGGCAUCGGGAAGCCGGCGGCGUACAUCUCGGGCGGGUGCAACACCAUCAACGCCCGCCUCUUCGGCUACGGCGUCAACGAGUGCGGCGCCGACGAGGCCGUUGCGCAAGUCGCGCCGUUUGUCGUCAACACGAUCCAGCAGCCGUUCGUCCAGAUCCCGGGUUACGCCAACUUCACUUACAACGAGACGACAAAGGCGCCCGAGCUACCUCCCGCGCAGCCCUGGGCGCGCUUCAUCCGCCUGUCGAAAUCCUUCAUGGUCCAAAAGGAUAAGCUGCUCACGGACGAGACGAUGAGGAACGCCAUCUCGCGGAUCGACGAGCUCGACGACGCGGCGCAGGGGUGGAUCGAAUGGCACGCAUGGAACAUUUCGGUCGCGGGCGAUGCGGCGUUUGCGUGGCGCGAGCAGGCGUAUUCGCACAUGGAGUUUAUCGUGUCCAGCUCCGCGGAUGAGAAGGUCCAUGCUGGCUAUGUGAAGUGGUUCAAGAGCCUGGAGGACUACCUGCGUCCGCUUGUUGGAAUGGCGAGCUACUCGGGCUACAUGGACGACACGAUUUCUACCCCUCCGCUUGAUUCCUACUAUGGCGCCAACGUCGCAAAGCUGUCUCAAGUCAAGUCCAAAUACGAUCCCCAGGGCUUCUUCGCGAACCCUCUGAGCAUCAAAGCUCUCUACCCAAACCAGACCGUGACUGGAGACAGCUGUUUGUAG